GCCGCCCACUUCGCCGCGUCGCCCCGACGGCCGGAGUUUAGAUGCGGCGGCGCCCGCCGAGCCGGGGCGGACGCGGGCCGGGGACACGCGCGGGUAGCCGGGCUCCGCGGCGGCCGCAGGAUGGCUGAGGCUAUCGGCUGCACUCUGAACUGCAGUUGCCAAAGUUUCAAGCCGGGGAAAAUAAACCACCGUCAGUGUGAGCAGUGCAGACAUGGCUGGGUGGCCCACGCCCUAAGCAAGCUGAGGAUCCCCCCCGUGUACCCGACGAGCCAGGUGGAGAUCGUCCAGUCCAGCGUGGUGUUCGACAUCAGCAGCCUCAUGCUCUACGGCACCCAGGCCAUCCCCGUCCGCCUGAAAAUCCUGCUGGACCGGCUCUUCAGCGUGCUGACGCAGGACGAGGUCCUGCGGAUCCUGCACGCCCUGGACUGGACGCUGCAGGACUACGUCCGCGGCUACGUGCUGCAGGACGCGUCGGGGAAGGUGCUGGAUCACUGGAGCAUCAUGACCGGCGAGGAGGAGGUGGCCACCCUGCAGCAGUUCCUGCGUUUCGGGGAGACCAAGUCCAUCGUGGAGCUCAUGGCGGUGCAGGAGAAGGAGGAGCCGGCGGCGGCGCUCGUCCCGCCCCCCACCGCCAACGUGGACAUCAGGGCGUUCCUCGAGAGCUGCGGCCACAGAGGCGCGGGGGACAAGGGCGGCCCCGGCGGCGUGCACCCCUUCGAGAGCCUCAUCAACAACAUGACGUUCAUGCUGCCCUUCCAGUUCUUCAACCCGGUGCCACCCGCACUGCUGGGGUCGCUGCCCGAGCAGUACAUGCUGGAGCCGCCGGGUCAGGACCUGGGUCAGGACCCCAGGCCCGAGGUCCACGGGGCCUUCCCGGAGGGCGGCUUCCUGAACUCCAGCUCUGCCCCACCCUUCCAGGUGGAGAAAGAGCCGAGUCUGAGCUGUCCCGAGGCCAUCUCCGGCAAGGAGGACCAUGCCCAUGCGAGCAACUCCAGCUCCUACCACGCGGUCCCCAAGCUGGAACGGCCGCCGCUGUCCCCCGAGGCCAAAGGGAAGCCCGAGCGGAACAGCCUGGGCGCCAAGAAGGGCCGGGUGUUCUGCACGGCCUGCGAGAAGACCUUCUACGACAAGGGCACCCUCAAGAUCCACUACAACGCCGUGCACCUGAAGAUCAAGCACAAGUGCACCAUCGAGGGCUGCAACAUGGUGUUCAGCUCCCUGCGGAGCCGGAACCGCCACAGCGCCAACCCCAACCCCCGGCUGCACAUGCCCAUGAACCGGAACAACAGGGACAAGGACCUGAGGGGCAGCCUGAGCCUGGCCACCUCGGAGAGCUGCAAGCGCGCCGGGUUCGCGGCCGUGACGUCUCCGGGCUGCAGGCCGCUCCCCGGCUGCCCCGGUUCGGGUGAGGACGCCAGGGGCCCAGCGGGCGCCUUCCCGGGCGUCGGGCAGAACGGCGUGCUCUUUCCCAACCUGAAGACGGUCCAGCCGGUGCUCCCCUUCUACCGCAGUCCGGCCACUCCGGCGGAGCUGGCCAACACGCCCGGGCUGCUGCCCUCUCUCCCCCUGCUGUCUUCCUCCAUCUCCGAACAGCUGGCUUCCAGCGAAGCGCCGUUCGACGCCCUGCCCAAGAAGAAAUCCCGCAAGUCCAGCAUGCCCAUCAAAAUAGAGAAGGAGGCCGUGGAGAUCGCUGGCGAGAGGAGGCACGCGCUCAGCUCGGACGAGGACACGCCCCUGCAGGUGGUCAGCGAGGAUGAGCCGGAGGCCUGCAGCCCUGGGUCGGACAGGGCGCUGGGGGAGCGGCACGCACCGUCGGGACACUCCGGGAAGCCCCUCCCCGAGGGGCAGAGGGGCUGCCGCCUCCCGUCGGUGAUCGAGCCCAGGGGAGCCAUCGGCGGGACCCCCGAGCGGGCCGCACAGGAGUCGGAGAGGGAGACGGAGCAGAAACCAGAGCUGCCCACGGUGCCCAGGGAGGCGGAGGACGGGGGCCGGGACCUCCACCUCCCCCCCGGGAUGGAGCCCUGUGUCCCCUUCCCAGACUACGUCAGCCUGCAGCAGCGCCUGCUGGCCGGCGGGCUCCUCGGCGCCCUGUCCACCCGGGGGGCGGCCUUCCCUGGCUUCGAGGACGCUAAGGCACUGGAGCGCCCAGGGCCACAGGCGUCGGCGGUGAGGCAGAAGGAGGGGGGCCGCCACCAGUGCGACGUCUGCCAGAAGACCUUCAAGAACGCCUGCGGCGUGAAGAUGCACCACAAGAACAUGCACGGCAAGGAGACACACGCGUGCACGGUGGAGGGCUGCGCGGCCACCUUCCCCUCCCGCAGGAGCAGGGACAGGCACAGCUCAAACCUAAGCCUCCACCAGAAAGUCCUGGCCCCAGACCCGGAGAGCAGCGAGGAGCACUUCCGGGCCGCGUACCUCCUCAAAGACGCGGCCAAGGACGCCUACCAGGACGUGGCGUUCGCGCCACAGGCGGCCCAGACAUCCGUCAUCUUCAAGGGCAGCAGCCGGAUGGGCAGCCUGGUGUACCCGAUGGCCCCCGGGCACGGCGCCGGCUUGGAGAGCUACAGCUCGGGGCCGCCCAGCGAGGGCACCGUCCUGGACUUGAGCACGACCUCGAGCAUGAGGUCGGAGAGCAGCAGCCACUCCUCGUGGGACUCGGACGGGGCCAGCGAGGAGGGCGCGGUGCUCAUGGAGGACAGCGACGGGACCUGCGAUGGCCCCAGCCUCGUCCCCGGCGGGGACGACGAGUACCCCAUCUGUGUCCUGAUGGACCGGGCCGACCAGGGCCUGGCCGGCCUGCCCCCCGGGCUGCCCAUCACCUGCCACCUCUGCCAAAAGACGUACAGCAACCGAGGGACCUUCAGGGCACACUACAAAACCGUGCACCUCCGCCAGCUGCACAAGUGCAAGGUCCCGGGCUGCAACACCAUGUUCUCGUCCGUGCGCAGCCGGAACCGGCACAGCCAGAACCCCAACCUGCACAGGAGCCUGGCGUCCUCCCCCGGUGCCCUGCAGUGACGCGGGCGGGGGCGCCCCUGUCGGGGUUCAGGGCAGGGGCGGACAGCCCACGGGUCACGUUGCUAGCUUUGUUUGACGCCCUGUGGGCCGAGCCGGGCCACAGGCGUUCGAGGGGACGCUCUGGUCUCCCCCCCCAGGGCGGGCACGAGACAAGCCCUGUGGGACGCUGACCCGGGGGUGGGGCAGCCUCUCCAACUGUGUUUCUUAACCCAAAGGUGUUUUUCAGUGACAGGACGAGAACUUGCAGAAACACAGCGCAUCCUCCGGGCCUGGGGGCCAGGCCUGCUGGUCCAUCGAGGGCCCCAGGCCUGGGGGCCGUCUCACUUGGCAUGAGGCUUGCAGGAGGAAGGGUCCGCUGAGU